AUGACACGCAAAGACGGAACUGAGUCGGGAAAUGACGAAGUCCAAAAUCAAAUGGUUGCACAAGAGUCAGUAUCUGUAGAAGAGGUCAAAAUGUUGAGACAACAGAUGGCCGAAAUGUAUGAAGUUUGGAUGAAUGGGCAGGCUCCCCCAUCUUCAAUUCGGGAAUACCUGAAUGUGAAUAUGUCAUUCCCCAUUCAAGUCUCAACAAGUGACCCGAUUUAUCCGCAUGGAUUUGAACUCUACGUUAACACAUCUAAUACUGCUGGAACUUCCUCGGUACACCCGUUGAAUCCACCUAUGAUGAACAAUCCACUCUUCAUGCCAACUGUGCAAACUAAUGCAAUUCCUCAACCAACACUAGCACAAAAAUCUAAUGAUGAUCCUAUACCCAAAGAUCAAUACGGCCAAGGUCAGGCCUCUAAAUUGACUUUCAAAAUUCCUGACUCUUACCACCACACUCAUCAAUACAGUUCCCCCGUUGAGGUUGAAAAAAACACUAAGGACGAGGAACAUGAAGAAAUUGCAAGAAAAAUGAGGAGUUUGGAGCAAAACAUAAGGAAUAUGCAAGGGCUGGGAGGACACAAAAGUGUCUCGUUCAAGGACUUAUGCAUGUUUCCAGAUGUUCACUUGCCUAUAGGGUUCAAAACUCCAAAGUUUGAUAUGUAUAACGGUCAUGGUGACCCAGUGGCUCAUUUGAAAAGAUUUUGUAAUCAGCUAAGGGGAGCCGAAGGAAAAGAAGAACUUCUUAUGGCUUACUUUGGAGAAAGUCUAACGGGUGUAGCCUCAAAAUGGUUUAUCGACCAAGAUAUUUCUCGAUGGCAUGUCUGGGAUGACAUGGCGCAAGAUUUUAUCCAACAAUUCCAAUACAAUAUUGAUAUCAUUCCGGAUCGCAAUUCCCUAGUUAAUAUGAAGAAGAAAUCGUCUGAAAGCUUUAGGGAAUAUGCCAUAAGAUGGAGGGAGCAGGCGGUUAGAGUCAAACCGCCGAUGAAAGACUAUGAAUUGAUUGAUGUUUUUCUCCAGGCACAAGAACCUGACUACUUUCAUUACCUUCUCGCUGCAAUGGGGAAGCCUUUCGCCGAAGCAAUUAAGAUCGGAGAAGUGGUAGAGAACGGCAUAAAAUCGGGUAAAAUUGUAAGCCAGACAGCCAUUAGAGCUACCACGCAAGCAAUACAAAGCGGGUUAGUUCUCAACACUCAAGCAUAUGUCCGACCUCCUCAGCGCCAACAAUGGCGGGCACCUGCCUCACAAGGUUCUCGCCCCCAACAACAAAAUUUUCAGGCACCCCAUAAUCCACGUCCCCGGAUGGAUUAUACAAGAGAACAAGGUCGAAAAGAAAACUUUACCCCAAUUGGAGAGUCAUAUACGAGUUUGUUGAGGAAAUUAGUACAAUUAGGAUUUGUUGAACCUGUCAAUCCCUAUUUUGUCAAUCCGAAUGCAAGAGGCUUUGAUCCAACUGUUAUAUGUGAGUAUCACGCUAACACUCCAGGUCAUAGUACAGAGAAUUGUUGGACUCUAAAAAGAGUCAUUGAGAAGUUGAUUGAGGAUAAGGUAAUUGAGAUACGCAAUGAGGAGGCGCCAAAUGUCACCAAUAACCCACUCCCUGCUCACAAUAAGGAGCAUAUUAUGGAGAUGGUAGACAUUUAUGAAGAUUGUAAGCAAACAUGUAAAACAAAAAUGGGAAGCAGAGGUUCAGAAGAAGAGUCGAGUAUGGUUUUAGAACCCAUACAAAAGGCACCGCUAAUUGUGAAUGGUGCAAGUUCAAAAUUUGGAGACUUGAGAAAACUCGUGUUGUAA